AUGCUGCGCACGCUGAGCGACCUGGCAGCGCGGCCCCCGUGUCGGGCCCCAGCCCUGCUCUUGGUUCCCGCGCGCGGUCGCAAGACUCGUCAUGACCCGCCGGCCAAGUCCAAGGUUGGGCGCGUGGCCACCUCGCCCACCGUAGAUCCUGUGGAGCUCUUCGUGGUGACCGAGCGUUAUCGGGAGUACCGCCAGACCGUGCGCGCCCUCAGGCUGGAGUUUGUAGCUGAGGUGCACAGGAAGCUGCGCGAGGCCCGAGUCGGGGUUCUGGCCGAGCGCAGAGCCCAGGAAAAGGCCGCUGAGCACCGGGAGCUGAUGGCCUGGAACCAAGCGGAGAACCAGCGGCUGCACGAGCUGCGGACAGCGAGGCUGCGGCAGAAAGCGCGGGAGCAGGAGCGGCGGCGGGCGGAGGAGCAGGCCCGCCAGGCCCUAGAGGAGCAGGCCUGGGUGCAGCUCAAGGAGCGGGAAGUGCUGCAGCUGCAGGAGGAGGCAAAAAAUUUCAUCACACGAGAGAAUCUGGAGGUGCGGGUGGAAGAAGCUUUGGAUUCACCAAAGAGCUACAACUGGGCUGUUACCAGAGAGGGACUGGUGGUCAGGCCACAGCACAAGGGCUCCUAA